AUGUUUGUUCAGAAUGGGGAUGCCGUCGAGCACGGAACAGGGCCUGGCCAGGAAGAGAUGUCUGAAAUGAAUUUAUUGUUUUGCUCCUCUAGCUAUGAUAUUAGGCUCAACAAGCGGAUUAGAGCGACUUUCAACCAUCGGGAAUGCGUCACGACACAAAUGUUUCAGGCGGUGGGGAACCCGUUGCACACUGAAGGUGGUUACAGAAUUCCUUACUUUCUUGAUGAGUCGCUAAUAAACUCGGAAAUAAAUCUAACCUUAGACAAGUCUCCUGAGCAAGCACCUGUAAAACACAUGUUUAAAUGUGUGGCCUCGGCAUACAAGACUCAAAAACUGUUGAUGCUUUUAUACGGCAAAACUCGUCUUUUAUCCAAAAAAAUGCCACCGUCUAACCUAACUUUACUGACUCCGGAAAUGUGA